AAAGACAUUGUCUUUGUAUAUGACUACAUGGUCCCUUCUAAGUCUUCAACCACCAAGACCAUGAUCAACUUGGGGUUUAAGCAUUUGAAGUUUUGAACACUUCAAUUUCUAAAACCCUUAAUUUCCAUAAAAACUCAAUUAAUAAAAUACACAAACACAAUGUCCCAAAUCACAACUCUCCGCCUCCUAAUCAACCAUUCUCCUCCAAUUUUCUUCAAACCCAGAAACCUGCAACUCCCAAUCAGGCGUUUCUCUCUUCGCACUAUCUUCUCAUCCUUACCCAAGAAACAGCAAACGAACUUGCAAUCUUCUCCUGCAACACCCCUUAAGUUCAAAACCAGAAAUAAGAGCUCUUUGGCUGAGAAGAACAAGGUAGAAGAAGGUGCAAAAAUGGUGGACACUGAUUCUUCUGGGUUUAACAGGAGUAGGGCUGAGGGUAGAGAUAAGUCUGAUAAGCCUAAGAAACCUCAGCUUAAAAUUCGAAAGCUUAAUCCUGUUAAUACCAUUUGCUAUGUUCAGAUUCUAGGAACUGGAAUGGAUACUCAAGAUACAUCACCUUCAGUGUUGCUUUUUUUCGACAAGCAAAGGUUUAUCUUUAAUGCUGGAGAGGGUUUGCAGCGUUAUUGCACAGAGCACAGGAUUAAGCUGUCAAAGAUAGAUCACAUAUUUCUUUCUCGAGUCUGCUCGGAAACUGCUGGGGGGCUUCCAGGUCUUUUGUUGACUUUGGCUGGAAUAGGGGAAGAAGGAAUAUGUGUCAACAUGUGGGGCCCCUCAAAUCUCAAGCAUUUGGUUGCGGCAAUGAAGGCUUUCAUUCCGAACGCUGCCAUGGUUCACACUCGUAGCUUUGGGCCCUCACAGGACACUGAUGAGAUGGCUAUGUCUGAUUUAUCAAAAUUUUCAGAACCAAUUGAACUUAUCAAUGAUGAGGUUAUUAAAUUGUCAGCCAUUCUCUUGCGACCGAACGAGGAUAAUGAGAGUACUGAAGAUGAAUCAAAAAUAAUUAUAAAACCUGGAGAUCUUUCUGUAAUCUAUAUCUGUGAAUUACCCGAAAUUCAGGGUAAAUUUGAUCCUGAAAAAGCUAAGGCUCUUGGACUGAGAGCCGGGCCAAAAUAUCGGGAACUGCAACAUGGAAACUCAGUAAAAUCAGAUCAUCUUGAUAUUAUGGUUCAUCCUUCAGACGUGAUGGAUCCUUCUAUUCCUGGACCUAUAGUGGUUCUUGUCGAUUGUCCAACAACAUCUCACUUUCAAAAUUUAUUGUCCGUGGAUUCUCUCAAUAUACACUACGCGGAUUGCUCUAGCAAGUUUCCUGAAAAGGCCAAGCCAGUGAAUUGUGUAAUUCAUUUAAGUCCAUCAUCUGUUUCAAGUAGUCCUGCUUAUCAGGUUUGGAUGAAGAGAUUCGGCGAUGCACAACACAUCAUGGCUGGACAUGAAAGGAAAAAUGCUGAAAUUCCAAUUCUUAAAUCAAGUGCUAGGAUUGCUGCAAGACUGAAUUAUUUGUGUCCUCGAUUCUUCCCUGCUCCUGGGUUUUGGUCUCUUCGAAGUACAGACACUUUUUCAUUAAACUCCAACUCUUCAACUCAGGGUCCUGAAUCCACCAUCUCCGCUGAGAAUCUUCUUAAGUUCAAUUUGCGUCCGUAUGCAAACCUUGGUUUGGAUAGAUCUUCUAUCCCUGCCUCUACUGGUCCAACUCAAAUUUUAGAUGAGUUACGCGCUGAAAUUCCAGAAAUUGAAGAUGCAGUGCAGGAAGUUAAGCAGUUGUGGGAUAGUCCCGAAGAAGUCAUCGGAGGAGAAAUAUCUUUACAGAAUAACGAUUCUGCUAUAGAAGAGCCAUGGUUUGAUGAGCUUGGUCCCCCUAGUUGUUUGCAAAAUAUAACCCGAGAAGAUAUGGAGAUUGUCCUUCUUGGUACUGGUUCAUCCCAGCCCUCCAAAUACCGUAACGUGAGCUCUAUCUACAUAAAUCUUUUCUCGAAAGGAAGCUUGCUUUUUGAUUGUGGUGAAGGCACAUUGGGUCAGCUCAAGAGAAGAUUUGGUGUAGAAGGUGCUGAUGAUGCUGUGAGAAAAUUAAGAUGCAUAUGGAUUUCACAUAUUCAUGCCGAUCAUCAUACAGGUCUAGCAAGAAUUCUUGCUCUACGCCGUGAUUUAUUGAAAGGAGUCCCUCACGAACCUUUGUUAGUGGUGGGGCCCGGUCAACUGACGAGGUUUCUAAACGCAUACCAAAAACUCGAGGAGCUAGAUAUGCAGUUUCUGGAUUGCAGGAAUACAACUCAACCCUCUUGGGAUUCAUUUGAGGGUUCUCUUAACUCAGAUAUAGACUCAUCAUCGUCAUUAUCAUCAUCUCCUACGACUAAUCAUGGAGUUAAUGUCGAUUCUACACUCUUUGUUAAAGGAACCCCUAUGCAGAGCUACUGGAAGAGACCUAGUAGCCCAGUAGGAAAUGCUGCAUCUAUGGAAAAACUAUUUCAUUUGAAGAAAGUGUUGCAAGAUUCGGGGCUAGAGACUUUGAUAAGUUUCCCGGUUGUGCACUGUCCACAAGCUUUUGGCGUUGUUCUUCAAGCAGGUGAUAGAAUCAACAGUAUUGGUGAAGUAAUACCAGGGUGGAAAAUGGUGUAUUCUGGAGAUACAAGACCUUGUCAGGCGCUUAUAGAUGCAUCUCGUGGUGCUACCGUUCUAAUACACGAGGCAACCUUUGAGGACGCGUUGGUAGACGAGGCUGUGGCUAGAAACCAUAGCACUACGAAAGAAGCCAUUGAAGUGGGUGAAGAAGCUGGUGUAUAUCGCAUAAUUCUUACACAUUUCAGCCAACGAUACCCAAAGAUUCCCGUGUUUGAAGACGUACACAUGCAUAAUACGUGUAUCGGUUUUGAUAUGAUGAGCAUUAACAUGGCAGAUUUGCAUGUUCUUCCUAAGGUUCUUCCUCACCUCAAACUUCUAUUUAAAACUGAAAUGGGUAUUGAUGAAUCAGAAGAUCUUCUUCAUGAGGCAGUUAGCACAGCUUAGUGGAAUUUUAUUUUAUUUUUUUCUGACAAUUUGUUGCUGAUAAAAAUGGGGAAAUGUAGGGAAAGAAACCAUAAACCUUGUUAGUUUGCUAAUUUUGUGAAUUUUUUCCACAAAUUGUACAGCUUAUUUUUGCCCUGGAAUACUAGUGUACACAGAGUUACACUGCCAUUUUUUGUGCUAGUUUUAUGUCAUAAUUAGAAUGAAUAUUAGUAAAAUCAAAUAGACAAUGGUUGAUUAAAUUA